GCCAAUCGAGUCGAAAUCAACGCCCUCAACAAACCAUGUUCAAACUGUUUCUGUUGCUGUCUCUGUGCGCCGCCUUCGCCUAUGCGGCCCCAAGCCUCUCCACGCUGUCGAGCCUGUCGACUGUGCCCAUCCUGAGCAGCUCGACGUCGUAUCAUGGCUGGCCACAGGCUGUGCAUGUGGUGCGUCCCGUUUGGACACCAUCACAUACCAUUGUGCGUCCCAUCAUUCACGGCAAUCUCGGCCUUAAUGGCUACGGUUAUGGCCAUGGUUGGCUAUAAAAAAAAAAUAACUCAGCCCACAGCUGUCACAGCGCUGUCAGAGAGGCGGCAACAUCAAGAUGCUGCUGCCUCCUCCUUCACUCAAUCGCCUGAAAUA